GCUCUGCUUUUUGGAUUGGUGACACUAAUUGUUGCUACAAUCUCUUCAAGCAUUUAACUGUAACUCUUUAGCUAAGGAGAAAAAGUCAGCUCCUUUGUGGUUAUUCUGAGACAAAUGGGAUUUGGAGUAGGUGGUGGAGGUGGUAGAAUGUUGGAUUUGAGGAUUGUCCAAAAUCACAAGCGUUCAAAGAGUGCCAGCUUUCCAGAAAAGAAAAGAGGUGAGGGAGAUAAAACCUCAAACAGUUCUCAUGAAGCCUCUCAACGAAUGAAGCUGGACAUGGGGCGUUCAAAUGAAUCAAAGCAUAAUCAAUAUCAUUCAAACACCGAAACUUCAUUGAAGCAAGAGAUUACUCAGCUCGAGACAAGAUUACAAGAUCAGUUUAAGGUUCGUUGUGCAUUUGAGAAAGCAUUAAGUUAUCGAACAGCCUCUUCUUACGUACUGACUGAAACAAACGACAUUGCCAUGCCUAAGACAGCUACUGAUUUAAUCAAAGAUGUUGCGGUGUUGGAGAUGGAAGUUAUACAUUUGGAACAGUAUCUUCUUUCAUUAUAUAGAAAAGCCUUUGAGCAGCAAAUCUCUUCUGUAUCUCCAAAUUCAGAGAGCAAGAAGCCAAAAUCUCCUCCUGUUACAACCCCUAGAAGGCGGCUAGAUUUUUCUGAAGAUGAUGAUACCCCCUCGGAAACAAAUCAACACACAGAUCCUCUGCUUGAUGAUAAUCAAAAUCAAUCAAAGAAAACAGAGAUUCCUGCGGUUGACCAAGACCAGAUGGACCCCAGUUUUCGCCGUAGCCACUCUCAACGUUCGGCAUUUGAGAGUAGAAAAGCUUCUCCAGAAGAUUCUUGGAGUAAAGCCACCCGCUCUUGUCACUCCCAACCGCUGUAUGUGCAGAAUGGAGAAAAUCUAAUCAGUCUAGCUGAACAUCUUGGCACCCGAAUCUCGGAUCAUGUUCCAGAAACACCCAACAAGUUAUCUGAAGGAAUGGUCAAGUGUAUGUCAGAAAUAUACUGCAAGCUUGCAGAGCCACCUUCUAUACUACAUCGGGGGCUUUCUUCUCCAAACUCAUCUUUAUCAUCGAGUGCAUUUUCGCCCUCUGACCAAUACGAUACAUCGAGCCCUGGAUUCGGAAACAACUCCUCUUUUGAUGUUCGGUUAGACAACUCUUUCCAUGUAGAAGGAGAAAAAGACUUCAGUGGACCUUACAGCAGCAUUGUUGAAGUGCUUUGCAUUUACAGAGACGCCAAAAAGGCCAGUGAGGUCGAAGAUCUUCUGCAAAACUUCAAGUCACUAAUUAGUAGAUUGGAGGAAGUCGAUCCAAGGAAGUUGAAACAUGAAGAGAAGCUAGCGUUUUGGAUAAAUGUGCACAAUGCACUUGUGAUGCAUGCGUUUUUAGCUUAUGGGAUUCCACAGAACAAUGUGAAGAGAGUCUUACUGCUACUCAAGGCUGCAUAUAAUGUUGGUGGACACACAGUUAGCGCGGAAGCGAUACAAAGUUCGAUUCUUGGAUGCAAAAUGUCUCAUCCUGGACAGUGGCUUAGACUACUAUUUGCUUCGAGAAAAUUCAAAGCAGGAGAUGAUAGAUUAGCUUACGCAAUCGAUCAUCCUGAGCCUCUCCUACACUUUGCACUUACUUCAGGCAGCCACUCCGAUCCCGCGGUUCGUGUAUAUACGCCAAAAAGAAUCCAGCAAGAGCUUGAAACGUCGAAAGAAGAGUACAUAAGAAUGAACUUAAGCAUACACAAGCAGAGAAUCCUAUUGCCAAAGCUUGUGGAAACGUUUUCAAAGGACUCAGGUUUAUGCCCGGCGGGUUUAACAGAGAUGGUUAACCGGAGUAUACCGGAAUCUUCAAGGAAAUGUCUAAAGAGAUGUCAAUCUAGUAGUAAACCACGCAAGCCUAUUGAUUGGAUCCCUCACAGCUUUACAUUUAGAUAUCUUAUUCUUAGAGAAGCUGCCAAAUGAAAUUAUUCAAAGAUUCAUAUAUAUAAGACAGUGAGAGUGUGUGUGUGUGUAUAUAUAUAAGAUGUCGCUGUCUAUGUCCCCACUUUCUGAUUAUGAUAAUGUUGUUUCUGUCUCUCUGAUAUGGAAGAGAGAUCAUUGGAUCCUGUCUCCUCACAGUUACUUGGCAUUAAUUCACAGCUUAACAUCAGUCAGAUCAUAGCAUAAUAAUAUUCGAUUUAUAAU